GUAAAGUCAACGUGGACACCAUCACUUCACCUUCUCCUUUAUACUAUUCCAUAAUAUUCACACAUCUAAUCUCAUUCAAGUCCAGCAUUAAUUGCUUUGGAUGAGAUCAUAUCUACGAAAACCACAAAACACCCUCCCCUAACCUCGGUCGCGAAGUUAACCUAGCACAACAAGUAUGGCCGACCAAGACGACUUCGAAGAUGAUCUCUUCGCUGAUCUGUACGAGGAUGACGCAACGAAACCAGCACCAGCUGCCCCGGAAGUUAGACCAGCACCGGCUGUAGUCAAUGGUUCCAGCGCGGUGAAGACCGAAGAACCUGCGGCAGUGCCAGAGCCAGAUGCUACCGAAGGCCAGGAGUUCAGUGAGCAGCCUGAGCAAGAUGACGAUGAGAUAGACUUCAAUUUGGGAGGCGGGAAUGAUUAUAGCGCACCAGCUCAGCAAGAGCGUGAUGCCCAAGGGCCAGGAAUAAAAGAGGACGGGAAAAUGUUCAUUGGUGGAUUGAACUGGGAAACAACGGAUCAAUCACUGAAGGAUUACUUUUCACAGUUUGGAGAGGUCGUGGAAUGCACAGUUAUGCGAGACGGUGCAUCUGGCCGCUCCAGAGGAUUCGGAUUCCUCACGUUCAAAGACGCUCGAACUGUAAAUGUUGUGAUGGUCAAGGAACAUUAUCUGGAUGGAAAGAUUAUUGACCCAAAACGCGCCAUUCCACGCGACGAACAAGAGCGUACAUCCAAGAUCUUUGUUGGUGGGGUUUCACAAGAAGCCAGCGAGCUAGACUUCAAAGAGUACUUCAUGCAAUUUGGCCGUGUUGUUGACGCUACACUCAUGAUGGACAAAGACACCGGUCGUCCCCGCGGCUUCGGUUUUGUGACCUUUGACUCAGAGGCUGCUGUUGAUGCUUGCAUCAAUAUUCCCCUUGAGAUCUUGGGCAAGCCAAUUGAAGUUAAGAAAGCGCAGCCACGUGGAAAUGUUCGAGAGGAGGAGGAUAACCGUGGUGGUGGAGGCCGCAACCGAUUCCGAAAGCCGGAGGAACAACAAGAUAAUUAUGGCAACCAGCCUCAAGCCCAGAGCAACCAGAUGGCGCCAGGUGGCAUGACGCCACAAGUCAUGGCUCAAUACUGGCAGCGCAUGCAACAAUACAUGGCAAUGAUGCAGCAGCAAAUGGCCAUGGGUGCCGGAAGAGGUGCCGCUAUGAACCCGGCUAUGAUGAAUCAGAUGAUGAUGCAGCAGAUGCAGGCGGCUCAGCAACAGAAUGCUGGUGAUCGCAGCCAAAGCCCACAGGCUGGACAAAGCCCAGUUAUGGGAAUGAACCCUGCGAUGAUGAAUCCGAUGAUGAUGCAGCAGAUGCAGCAGGCCAUGCAGGCCCAACAAAUGCAAGGGAUGGGAGGCGGCAUAGGUGGCGGGAAUGCCGGCGUUGCUGGUGCAGGAAACAACUCUGGGUACAACGCAUACGAGCAACAAUCCCUUGAGCAACAGAAGUAUGAGCAGCAGGGUCACCGCGGCGUAAGACAAACAUCGCAAACUCCGGCAGGCCAACACUACAACGCCGGAAAUAAUUAUGGUGGACAAAACCAACCCACCAGCUGGGAGGGCAUGUACGAUGAUGUUCCUCAACCAAUUCCUGCUGGCGGUGCCGGUGGGUACAACAAGGCCCAAGGGAGGGGAGGAAGUGGCACGCCGAGUGGACCACAACCUGCUCCUCCGGCAGGAGCGCCGACCGGCCCAAAAAACGCUGGAAAGCCAGGAGCAAACUAUCGUGGUGGCGGACGUGGUGGUGGCAGAGGUGGCUACCAUCCGUACUCGAGAUGAGUUAGUUGAUGCUGUUCCCAUCUGCCAGACAUUAUACAGCCUGGAAUCUAUUACUUCGAUUGGACAUUUCCAGCCUUCCACCACCAAAGUCUCGCCCUAUUUUAUACUAUGGCUUUUUAUUUUGCUUUGGGUUAUUCACUUUAAGGGGUUUCCUUCUCUCAUGGGAAUCAAAGGAAGUUAGGAUUACCCGGGUGGCGUCAACAGGCUGGCUUCUGCAGGACGCAGACUGUGUAAUAUACUCAACACGAAUGAAUCAC